AUUUCAGACUAUUUCCCACCGAAUGUCACACAGUAAAGAGCUCUGGUUAUUUAUCCCAGCAACUUAGUACAAAACCACGAAAUUUAAAUCGGUGUGGUUCCAGAAUCCUCCAGAUGCGUCCCAUGGCGAGCAUACAAAUAUUAUCUUCCAUUCAGGAAUUACCUGAAAAUGGCUUUUUCUCCGCAAUAACUUCGAAAAAGAAUUCUUUCUUCCCAAAGAAGAAGCUUUCUCGCUUACAUGACAUGAAGAAUACCAGCAAAAGUAACUACAUUCUCCCUCCAUCGAUGUGCGCGGAGAGAGCUCAAGACAGAAACAACAAUGAUGUGCAAAAGACUUUAAAGAAGGAACUUGUUAUUCCUAAAAUAGUCGUCGAGGAGGUUCGUUUUGAAGAUGAUCUUGUUUUAGAUCCACUUGAGCUUCGAUAUGAACAAUCGCAGGGCUUUCUUCACCCAUCUUACGCUAUAUAUUCCGCCGUGUCGGCAAACGAUCCGUAUUCACUUAAAAACAUUAUCCUGUCGGGAAGAGUGAAUGCGAACAGGCUCAACGCAAGCGGAGUGACGGCGCUACACGAAGCCGCUUACGAAGGAAAAAGCCGUUGUGUUGAGGUUUUGGUUCAGUGCGGUGCUUCAGUGGACAUUAAAGACAGAGAAGGCUGGACGCCUUUACAUGCUGCAGUUUGUGGCGGACACAAAACAUGCGUCGCUUACUUACUUAGAAGUGGCGCAAACAUGAGAAGUAAGAACGAYGACGGGCUUUCGCCGCUCGGGGUGGCUGUUCAGCAAGGAAAUAAGGACAUGGCAGAAUUUUUAACUCACUUGAGGGCUAAUCAGUCCCCGCAUCACAAUUCCAUMAAUUCGUUUCACUUACGGUAGAAGUUGAUUGAAAAGUUUGACAGUUUUUGUAGUAUUUAUUGAACUGUACACGCAGUACUUAKGAGUUUAUGUUUCGAUCGUCUGUCAUGAGCAAUUUUCUUUUCUUCUCAUUUGUCUAACGAUAAAUUUUUCAAAUUAAAUAUAUUGUUUCGUUUUUAGCCACACAAAAAGACGACURAAUUGCUUGGAAUCACAUUUGUAAUUAAUGUCGAGUGUUAGCUCGUUUGACGUCAACAUUUUCGUCAUAUUUGUAGUCAAGGUUUUUGACUUUUAGGAAUAUUGAUGCUAUUUUGUAUAUAUCUAUUAUAUAUAUAUCUUCCAUAAAUUCUAGAUAGUCUUGUAAUAUAUAUUGGAAGAAUAUCAGAUUUUGACAAAUUUAUAU